CGCAAAUUCGAAUGCGAUAUAUGCCAUGCUACCUUUAACCGUCGAUACAAUCUCGGUACACAUGUCAAGACACAUGACAAGAACAGAACUAAGGCCUUUUCAUGUUCUUUAUGUCAAAAGCCCUUUGACCGUAAACAUGAUUUAUCUCGACAUGUUUCUACUGUCCAU